AUGAGUUGCGGUAAGACUCGCAUGCUCUACAAGAAAUAUACUUAUUACAAGUACUAUUCGACGAAGACCUACGACCGUUGGAUCUGCACUUUGUACCCCAAAUGCAAGUCUUCCUUGAAGAUACACGAAAACCAGGAGAUAUUGUUGAGCAAUCUCGACCACAAGCACAUGCCUACAGAUUUGUACAAGCUAUCUAACGGCACCUUCUUGAAAGUCUCGGAUAGAAGA